GCCGCCUAGUGGCGAGAGAGAGAGAGAGAGAGAGAGAGAGAGAGAAAGAAAGAAAGAGAGAAAGAGAGAGAAAGAAAGAAAGAGAGAAAGAGAGAGAGAAAGAGAGAGAGAGAGAGAGAGAGAGAGCGCAUGUCGCCUCCUGUUGCUGCGCCUCACUGUGGGAUCUGCUGUCGACCUUUCAGCCCGUUCACAUGAACGCAGAAAGCUUCUCUCCGCGUUUCCUCGCUAUGUUCGACCCGGAGGUUUCGGCGGAGUGAGCCAGCACAGCGUCUGCUCUGAGUCUGGAGGGGGAAACCUGGCUUGUGCUUAAGGAGAUUUAUUUUUAUUUUUUGACACAACUUGGCGUGUGUUACUGCCGGAGCUGUUUGUUUGCUGGGAAAGUGUGAAACAAGUGUCAGCAAGAGAGCAACACAUGUUUUUGGUGGAAAUGCGGCCGUCUGAAGUAUGAGAGCAGCAGCGAGGCACCGGCGGCCCUUCCAGCGGUUCUGCUGCUGUGGAGUCGGGCUGCUCGCUGUCAUUUGGCUCGCACAGGUCAUCCAGGCACCAGAGACGCAGUCUUCUGGGUUCGGGCCGGGCGUGAACGGUGGGGAGCAGCGAUGGACUCGCCGGCUGAUGCAGGAGAAGUCAGACAACCAGAGCGAGGAUCAGCCUCGAGCAGCCAUUCACGAGUUUCCAGAGGACAUCUUUACCAAGGAGCAGAGGAAGAAGGGGGCUGUUUGUCUGCAUGCACUCUGUGCCAUCUACAUGUUCUACGCUCUGGCCAUCGUCUGUGACGACUACUUUGUCCCUUCCCUCGAGAAGAUAUCCGAGAACCUGCAGCUCAGUGAAGAUGUGGCUGGGGCGACAUUUAUGGCGGCAGGCAGCUCUGCUCCAGAGCUUUUUACCUCUCUCAUUGCCGUUUUUAUCACCAAAGGAGACGUUGGAGUCGGCACGAUUGUCGGCUCUGCCGUCUUCAACAUCCUGGUCAUCAUUGGCCUGUGUGGGAUCUUUGCAGGCCAGACGGUGGUUUUGACGUGGUGGUCGCUUUUCAGAGAUUCCUCCUACUACAUCCUCUCUGUACUGACUCUCAUCAUGGUGAUCUAUGAUGCCACAGUUGUCUGGUGGGAGUCGCUGCUUCUCAUGACUAUGUAUGUAAUCUACAUAAUAAUCAUGAAGUUCAACUCUCAGCUUCUGGCGUUCACGACGCGCCAGCUCAGGAGCGCCGGGCCGUGCUGCCUCGGAUCAGAGAAUCACAGAGACAACAAGAUGGGAGACGAUGCCUCUGCUUGCAAUACCUCCAUAGUGCUUCUUAACAAAGGCCAAGCCAAUGGUCAUGAGUCCCCUCCGGUCAUGGUGGAUGAGCUUCUCAUCCUCAACCCCCACAAACUGUCCUUCUCUGACGCUGGCCUGCGCAUCAUGAUCACCCCCCACUUCUCUCCCCGCACCAGGCUCUCCAUGGCAGGACGCAUGCUCAUCAGUGAGAGACAGAGGCUGAUCGAGAGUUCAAAGAAUCAGCGGGAUGGCGAAGCCGGCCCGGGGUCACAAGGGGGAUCAACCAGUAACAGUCUGAAGAGGACGGGCUCCUGCUGUCUGGAGAACGGAGGCAGAAGACCUGGGGUAGGAGACGCAGAGUCAGGAGACAAGUCAGGAGACAAGCUAGGAGACAAGCUAGGAGACAAGCUAGGAGUUGAGGUGGGCCAGACAGAGGAAGAGGAGGAUGACUAUGGGAUUUUCAGCCCUGUGCGCGUACCAGGAAGCUGCUGUGCGCGGGUGACAUGGUUGAUCAAGUGGCCUCUGGGCCUCCUGCUCUACUGCACUGUGCCUAAUUGUAUUCUGCCACGCUGGCACCGCUGGUUCAUGGUCACCUUUGUGGCCUCCACCCUGUGGAUUGCUGUCUUCUCCUACCUCAUGGUGUGGAUGGUCACCAUCAUCAGUUUCACUCUCGACAUCCCAGACUACAUCAUGGGUAUAACCUUCCUGGCAGCAGGGACCAGUGUGCCAGACUGCAUGGCAAGUCUGAUUGUAGCUCGACAAGGCAUGGGGGACAUGGCGGUGUCUAACUCCAUAGGCAGCAAUAUCUUUGACAUCCUGCUGGGUUUGGGUUUCCCCUGGGCUUUGCGUACCCUUGUGGUGGAGCACGGAUCAUCAGUCCCCAUAAAUAAUAAGGGACUUGUGUAUUCAGUCGUCCUGCUGCUGGCAUCCGUGUUUCUAACGGUGAUGUGUGUUCAUCUGAACCACUGGAGGCUGGAUCGCCGGCUGGGUCUGGGUCUGUUGUUUCUCUAUGCCAUCUUCCUGCUCUGCUCCAUCUUCUUCGGGCAGAUGUGAGGCCUUAAGGUCAAAGGUCAACCCUGUCGGUGAACAUGAUGAGUAUCUACCUUUCUACCACACGUCCUCUUUCCUGAAGCCGAAAAGGAGAGGCCACUUUGUUGUGUUCCUUGUGAGAGUUUCUGUGCACCUCUGGAGGCGAUCUGUACACAUGCAACUACACAACACACUAAAGUCUUUUAUCAAGAGCACAAUUGUAUUCUCCCUGUUGUGCAGUGCAGUUUUUAAAGUAUCAAAUUGGGUGACUUACCAACAUAUGUAAUGACAUGGCAGAUGGAAGUAGCAGGCUUGUGAAGCAGGAAGGGACACCAACAAUGUGUCGUCACUAUUUGUAUUAAAGCCAAGCCAUUCAAAUUGUAGAUCUACACUCAUUUGAAAAAGAGUCUUGCUGGCUGUCACUACACUUCUUUUCAUCUUUUAAAUGUACUAUCCUAUUUUUAAUUUUCAUGCUCUGAAAGUAAUAUCAAAGAGUAAUUAAUUAGUUGAUUUCAUCAACAACACAGCAUGUUAUUUAUUAUAGGGAUUAUAUACCCAUUGGUUUCUGUUGGUGAGGCGUGUUCAAUAGUGUGAAAUCAAACACUUUGAGACUGUGAAGCCGACUGCUGCACUUGUGAUUGACAGUAAGGGAAAUGAGACACGAGCCAACGCAGAUCCUACUGGACGACAGUACAGAGAACAGGAUGUGUAACAAACGGCUGACAUCCUUGUGGUGAAACUGGAUAUUGUCUUAAUUUGAAGAAACAAACAAAGUUGCCUCAAGGAUUUAGGGAAUAUGCUGAGGAGUGUUCAACCUUUGACCUCCAGCUGUUUCUCUCUGCACUUUUCACAGAUGUUAACCAAUGGUACUUUAAUCUGCCAUGUCAUGCUUGGAACUAUUUUUCAAGAUAAUAAUCAGCAGAUUAAAAUGGGUCCAUUGGCCUUAGAAUGAACACCCUUGUAUGUUUUGGAUGUCCAACGUGUCCCAUUAGUGUGGAGAUAUUUACAUGCAUUCAAAUGUAGCAGGCGGCACUGAAUUACAGCAAAGAACCUCUGAACAGAUCGUGAGGUACUUUUCUCCUACAAUAAAGGACACCACGUAUGUGUGAGUAGACAUUUAGAAUUUAAACAUCGAUAUGAAAAUGCACAUUAUUGUGAAAAUAUUUUGACGAUUUUGCCUAACUACUUAUAAGCAAGUAUUGGUACAGCUUAAUGUACGUACAGAGAUUAAUUUAGUAUUACAGUAUUUUUAGAGUUCUUAUUACUAUGAAAUCUAAUAUAUAAUAUACGUCUAUGAGUGUCACAAUCUUUGACUUUGAGUGCAGGUUAGUUAUAAUACGUCACGUUUAGGUACGACAAUCGAUGUUUGUAUUGUUUCUUGUACAUUUUAUGAGAUUAUUUAACUUUGGUGGAACAUUUUUACUCUGAUAAGGAAAGAAGCAGCACGUUACAUAUUCACAAAUAAUGUAUUUGUUUGUGUGUGGUAUGGCUAAUAAUGCUGUAUAUUCUAUAUUUGUAUAUACCUGCUGCUCUGCUCCUCUGUCCUUUUUUAUAAGAUCCUUCGGAAAGCCCAACAAUUUGGGCACGUUCAGAUAAUUAGAUGAAUUCAAGACUAAAUGUUCCACCAAAGGGAACUGAGCCAUUUUUUUGGUCUUUUUUCCAAAUGGCUUUAUUAUUAUUACUAUUAUUAUCAUUGUCUACUUGACAACACUUUUUACUGUUUGUAAAUGUUGAAUAAUUGACAGUUUUACAAUAUUGAAUGUCCAACAGAGACUAGUUUUGUGAUGUUUUUGAUAUAUUUAAAAGAAAAUACAUAAUGUAAGCCUACUUGUGAAUUAUUGUAACAGAAUGAAUGCAUUUUGUCAGAUUGUUUAGUUGAAUAUGAAGGCUGUCAUAUCAGACUAGCACUUGUUAUGAAUUGUAUUGCAGUUGUCUUAAAAUAUGUUCAUCACUAAGAUCUUUUAUUUCAGUAUUGAUUCAUUGGCAACCAUAAUUCAUGCAAGGGAAGACACAUAAAAUGAAGCUCCCGUUUACACGUUUUAAAUUUAAUUUAAAAGAACAAAAUAAUUUUAAAAUGUUUUAAAUAAUGAUUAGAAUAGAAUAAAUUGUCCCUAAAUAAUCUGUAAAUCAUAAUUUAGGUUUACAUACUUUUUUCCUUCUUUCAACUACGGUUUAAAAAGUAUAGUUGAUUUAAACAUAUUUUAUCAUAUCUGUUUAAAUGUCAUGCCAAGAGGUUUUGUACUAGAUGAUUCUUAAUAAUGGGGUUUUAGUGCAACAGAUGCACUGUUAAAAUGUUGGAGGCAAAAGAAAUGUGAUAAUUAUCCGAUAAAUGCCUGUAUCCUAAACAUAAAAGCUACACUUUGACACUCGUGGGUAACUUGUUACAAUGCCUGCUUGUCCAGGAAAAAAAGGCUGAAACUAUUAGUUGUGAAAUUGUUUAGUUGAUCAGUAGAAAAUAAAUCGACAACUAAUCUGUUCAUCGGUAAAUGGUUUAAAUCUUUGUUCAUGCAGAACUGUAAUUUGCAGCGUCGCAAAUUUGCUCUUAGAUUAAUUUUUGCAUUUGUGAGAGAAUGGCACUCUCCAUGUCCUCGCCAUCGUCAUCCUUGUUAUACAGCCACAACCAUCAUUAUUAACGAUUGUGUUUCCAGGAGAUGAUUUACAGCAGCUUGUGAUGCUACUUUGUGCUUUCACUCAGCUGUCAGUGGUCUUUUCUGUAAACGCCUGUAUUCAGAUGUAAUAAUAAUAAUCUCAAUAACCUAGUCAUCGCUAUUGAGAGACGCAACGGCACCAAAGCAAACAGUUGGACUCCAGUACUUGUUGUGGUUCCACGACUCAAAGAAUGUUCUCUUUAUUCUGCUGUGAUGUUGGGAGGUAGUGGCUGUUUUAGAGUUGAAAUGCUGUAUCACUUAGAGGUCGUAUUGGAUCAUAGAAGACUGUUGUAUCUUGAGACCAAUAAAUAACGUGCAAUAACAAUUUA